AAAAAAAGGAAAAAAGGGGAGACCUAUAGACCUGGGUUGGGUGACUACUUCAACGGCCACCGUCUCCCUUUCUCUCUCCUUUCUUCGUCUCCUCUCUUCUUUCUCUCUCUGCCGCUCUGAAUUUCACCUGAGAUCAACCCAAAGCACCUGUGAUCAAUUACCCAAUUGAAAAUUUGAGAACUUUCCGACGACCAAUCUACAGGGUCCGGUUUGUUUUCAUCAGUUUGUGUAAUUCCAUUGAUCAAAUUCCGUCGUAAACCAUUGGCAGAGGGAGAAAAUUACAGGCAGGGGGAAAAAAGGUUUGCUUUGUUUGUAAGAAUCCUGACGUCCGAAGACGAAAAAUAGGAAGAACAAGAAGAAGAGAAGCUGCAUUGAACUCUCCGUCCUCAACAUUCUCUGUUUUGGAUUUUUUUUCUCAGGUAAUUAAGUAAGCUGGAGAAGGGGAGACGAGGGUUAUAGAGAGAGAACAAAGGGGAGAGAGAGACGGAGGAAGAGGAAGAGCAGGUGGUACCUUUGAAGAAUUCAUUAAUGGCAGCAGGGGAUCUGGGCUGAUUCAUCAAGAACCAGAGCUUUUUUACUACUUCAGGACCUGAAGCUCUUCUGAAUCCUUGUUCUGAGAUCUCUCUAAACUUUGAAGCAAACCCUCUUUGCUUCUUUGUUUAGAGAGGGCAAAUAGAGACAGAGAGAUCAGCAAAAGAAGCUCCAGUUGAUAAAAAAAGGAAAUGGAGCAGUUCAGACACGUAGGGGAAGUCCUGGGAAGCUUGAAAGCACUAAUGGUGCUCCAAGACGACAUUCAAAUCAACCCACGCCAGUGCGUUCUCCUGCACCAGAUGUUCACCUCGGCAUUCGACACGAUAGCCGAGGAGAUCAGGCACAACCUCACCCUGGAAGAGAAGAACACGAAGUGGAAGCCAUUGGAGGAGCCGUUGAGGGAGCUUCACAGGGUGUUCAAAGAAGGAGAGCUCUACGUCCGCCAUUGUAUGGACAACAGCAAGGACUGGUGGGGGAAAUCCCUCUCCCUCCACCAAAACAAAGACUCCGUCGAGUUCCACAUCCACAACCUGCUCACCUGCUUCCACGCUGUCGUCGAGGCCAUAGAGAGUGCAGGAGAGAUCUCUGGCCUCGACGAGGCAGACAUGAAGAGGAAAAGAGUGAUGCUUUCGAAAAAAUACGAUCGAAGCUGGUAUGACCCCAAGCUGUUCCAGUGGAGGUUCGGGAGGCAGUACUUGAUCCCAAGAGAGAUAUGCUGCCAGUUCAAAGCUGCCCUGAGGGAAGACAAAUGGCAUCUCAUCGAGAAGCUGAAGGAGAAGAAAGCAUCAGGCUUGAUCUCAAAGAAUGAGCAUCGCAUUGCUGAUCUGCUGCUGAAGAAGCUCAACAGCGUCGAGAAAGUUAACGGGAAACUCCCACCUAGCUCGAUUUUAUUGGGAGCUGAAGAUUACAAAGUGAGGAGAAGACUAGGGGAAGGAAGCCAGUACAAGGAGAUCCAAUGGCUAGGGGAAGGAUUUGCAAUGAGACAUGUGUUCCACGAGAUUGAGCCGUUGAGCUCUGAGAUAUAUGAUCUAAUGUCGUUGGCUCAUCCCAACAUAGUCCAGUACUUCUGUGGAUUCUAUGACGAGGACAAAAAGGAAUGCUUUUUAGUAAUGGAGUUGAUGAGCAAGGAUUUGUAUUCUUACAUGAAGGAGAACAGCAGUCCGAGGAAAAGGGUUCUUUUGCCUCUCCCCAUUGUUGUGGAUAUCAUGCUUCAGGUAGCUAGAGGGAUGGAGUAUCUCCAUUCGAAGAAGAUCUACCAUGGAGAUUUGAACAUCACCAACAUAUUGCUCAAGCCAAGGAAAUCCACAGAGGGUUAUUUCUUCGUCAAAGUUUCAGGCUUUGGACUCGCGAGAGUUGAAAGUCAACCUCUGAGGCAUGCUUCUUCGAGCUCAGAUGCAAUCGAUCCGGCAAUCUGGUAUGCGCCGGAGGUGCUAGCGGAACAAGAGGCUGCAGCUGCUGGUGGUGGGAAUAAUUCAAGGUCGAAUAGCAAGUACACGGAGAAGGCCGAUGUCUACAGCUUUGGAAUGCUGAGUUUCUGCCUGUUAUCGGGGAAGCUUCCAUUUGAGGACGGGCAUCUCCAUGGUGAUCAGAUGAUCAAGAACAUUCGAGCUGGGGAGAGACCGUUAUUCCCAUUUCAAUCACCUAAAUACCUUGUGAACAUGACGAAGAAGUGCUGGCAUAAGGAUCCAAGCUGCAGGCCGAGCUUCUCCUCGAUUUGUAGGGUUCUUAGAUACGUGAAGAAGUUCCUGGUGAUGAAUCCUAGUGAUGGGCAGCCGAAUAUGCAGAUGCCCCCUGUCGACUACACCGAACUGGAAGCUGGGUUUCUGAAGAAGUUCCCUGCUGAGGUCACCUGCGAUUCGAGCUCGGUUUCUCAGAUUCCGUUUCAUAUGUUUGCUUACAGGCUCGCGGAGAGGGAGAAGAUGACGUCCUCUCUUGGUGUGAAGUUCAAGUCAAAUGAGGCAGGAAAUGAAGAGCCUCUUACCCCUGCAGCAGGUGAAGAUCCAAUUGUGUUGCCAGCUGCGGAUGAAUCCAAGAUCGUUCAAUCUGAUGCGAAGUCGGUUUGUAUUGGAAGUCCGGAGGAAAUGAUCACGUCGGAUGUGAGGUCAGUGAUAUCGGAGCCACCGAAGAAAGAAACAAUGCCUGCUGCUACUGCCGUGGCAAAGAAGCCAGCUAAUGUUAAAGUGAAGAAAGCUCCAGGUGUUAAAUCAAAAGUGAAAACUCCAGUGAGGUCAUCACCGGCGAGAUUGUCAGCAACGUGGAGUCCAACUGGCCGGAGUUUGAGGACGAAUGCUGCGAAAGACAGUCCAAAGAGAACAACAAUGAGUUCACAAAAUCCAGGGAAAGGGGUGUCAUGAACGAAGGUGAUGAAUGCGGGGAGGAACGAUCAAUGGUGCUACCUUUCUGGUUUAACCAUUUAUCCAUUCCUCUCCUGGGUUUUUGUUUCUCUAGGUAAAAUAUUGAAUGAAUCAAUCAAGUGUUGACAGAAAAGGAGAUAGAAACGGGUCAGUGAGUGUUACCUGAUUUUUCUUGUAGCAGUGUAAUUUGGAUUCUUCAGUAAUUCGAGCAGCCAACCCUGGACUUUGAAUCCUUGUAUGUUCAGGAUUUCAUUUCGAAUCACAUAGUUAAUAUGAAGGAGCCAAAAGGUAAAAAAGAGAGAAGUCUGACAGAGAUUCGUUCCAAAACUUGCUUCUCAUUCUUUUUCAGGAUAAGACCUGUCCAGUCAGCAGUGUACACUAUUAUGCUCUCUUUCUUUGAGACAUUUACAUAAACUAGAAAAACAAAGCAAACUAUCCACAUUCUUUUAGUUACAAACUCAAUACAGGGCUC